GACUUGGCCAACGCCUGUGGGCCCAAAGAGCACUGGAAGCCCCAGGACGGAGAGCUCAGGGGGACCCACCAGAAGACUGAGCCAGAGAGCAGAUGGGUAUGCCUCCUCUCUCCUGCUACAGCCUGACCUCUUCCCGCUGUUAACGCUCUUCAGUCUGUUCAGGGGUGCAAUCAUUAGUCCAAACAGUAAAAUGAGAAUUUCUAUUGGACAAAUUCAGGUAGGUCCCUCCCCGUUUCAUCCGUUUAAGAAACAUUUUGCAACAGAAUCGGCUUAAUGAAUACAGCCCAGCUGCAAAGGCCCACAAGUGUCUCUCGCCCCAUAAGCCUCAAGUACUCUUCACAUCAAAUCCUUUAUUGAAGUCUCAGAGCAGUAUGUGAAGUCUCCGUAUUAAUGCACUCUUACCAAUACCAUAUGUUUUGACAUCUUAUCCUUCCUUUGUGCCACGCUCUGUUUUAAUUUAAUUGUCCUGCUGUGUAUUUCUGUGCAGGCCAGGAGGCUGCCUUUGUCGACAGACGAUGGCAUUGUCAUGGGCUUCCAUGAGGACGACAGCCCCUCUCAUUCAGGUCACUGCAAUAUACUUCUGUACCAAAUGUAGUAUAUCAACUCGGCAAAAAAAUACCCUUCUCAUCUGCGUGAAUGUGCCUUAGGCAUACUGCAAGAAGGCAUGAGGACUGCAGAUGUGGCCAGUGCAAUAAAUUGCGACGUCUGUACUGAGAUGCCUAAGACGGCGCUACAGGGAGACAGGAUGGACGGCUGAUCGUCCUCGCAAUGGCAGACCAUGUGUAACAACCCCUGCACAAGAUCGGUACAUCCGAACAUCACACCUGCGGGACAGGUACAGGAUGGCAACAACUGCCCGAGUUCCACCAGGAACGCACAAUGCCUCCAUCAGUGCUCAGACUCUCUGCAAUAGGCUGAGAGAGGCUGGACUGAGAGCUUGUAGGCCUGUUGUAAGGCAGCUCCUCACCAGAUGUCACCGGCAACAACGUCGCCUAUGGGCACAAACCCACCGUUGCUGGACCAGACAGGACUGGCAAAAAGUGCUCUUCACUGACAAGUCGCGGUUUUGUCUCACCAGGGGUGAUCGUCGGAUUCGCGUUUAUCGUCAAAGGAAUGAGCGUUACACCGAGGCCUGUAUUCUGGAGCGGGAUCGAUUUGGAGGUGGAGGGUCCGUCAUGAUCUGGGGUGGUGUGUCACAGCAUCAUCGGACUGAGCUUGUUGUCAUUGCAGGCACUCUCAACGCUGUGCGUUACAGGGAAGACAUCCUCCUCCCACAUGUGGUACCCUUCCUGCAGGCUCAUCCUGACAUGACCCGCCAGCAUGACAAUGUCACCAGCCAUACUGCUCGUUCUGUGCGUGAUUUCCUGCAAGACAGGAAUGUCAGUGUUCUGCCAUGGCCAGUGACGAGCCUGGAUCUCAAUCCCAUUGAGCACGUCUGGGACCUGUUGGCUUGAGGGUGAGGGCCAUUCCCCCCCAGAAAUGUCAGCGAACUUGCAGGUGCCUUGGUGGAAGAGUGGGGUAACAUCUCACAGCAAGAACUGGCAAAUAUGGUGCAGUCUAUGAGGAGGAGAUGCACCGCAGUACUUAAUGCAGCUGGUGGCCACACCAGAUACUGACUGUUACUUUUGAUAUUGACCCCCCUGUUUGUUCAGGGACACAUUAUGCCAUUUCUGUUAGUCACAUGUCUGUGGAACUUGUUCAGUUUAUAUCUCAGUUGUUGAAUCUUAUGUUCAUACAAAUAUUUACACAUGUUAAGUUUGCUGAAAAUAAACGCAGUUGACAGUGAGAGGACGUUUCUUUUUUGUUGCUGAGUUUAGUUGUGUGUUAAGCCAUGCGUCUGUGCUAAGUUAACCUUUUCUCUACGAUGGUCAGAUGGCUGUAUGGAGGAAGAGGCUGUGCUGCUCUACCUGCAUGGCCUCCAGGGUCUCUAUAGCCUGCAGGCGUUAGUGCCUGGCCUGCUGCGUCUUGAGAUGGAGCUGGCCAUGGAGACGCUGGGGCUAAUCUACGACAGGAGCUACGCAUGGGACAUCUUCUCUGACAUGAUGGUGGUAAUAAUAAUCAUAAUAAUAGAGGUGGUUCCAUGAGCCAUGUAAUGAGUAACCUUGCCUGAGACCUAGGUAGCCUUGUUAGAUCCCGAAGUUAAUUCCUUUAGCUCCGGCUUUGGCUCACACUCUUGUGGCACAAAUGUAACAAGGUUGGGAGUAGGCUUGUAUUGUUAGUGUCCAGGAUAGCUCUACAUUUUAAUCAGUAACCCCGUUUCCAUCCACAGUUUUUAUGCGAGUAAAGGUAUACCGUAUAUAAAGAUACAAUCACGGUAGCCGUGAUGCAAACAGGAAGUUUCGGAACAAUUUUUAUCAAUCCUGACAGAUCAUUUGUUUGUUCAACAUAGUGUGAUCUUUGUCGGUUAAAUUAAUUAUGCGAGAAAUAGCGGUGGAAACGCCUUAAUGUGCAAAUAUUGAUAUAACAACCAUAAACUUUGAGUCACGCGAUGACAUGGUGUGGUAUUUUAACGGAAGUUUUUGUGUCCAAAAUAUCGGUGGAGUUGGAAAUGCGACUGAAACACAUGAAACUUGAGAUUUGUUUUGUACGUGACAACUUCAGCGAAAAAUAAAAUUGUGUGCACUACAUCACGCACUGAUUCUUAUCUGCAACAAGUCAGUUUGGUGGAAACAUCCCUGGUGGGAAAAUGUUAGCAUAUCUGCAUGAAAAGCUGUCGCCACUUGGAUGGAAACUUAGCUAGUGAAGUUAUUUUGUUGUUUUGCUGUACCUCAUUCACUGACACUGCCUUCUUUUCCAGAGAAGUCAGUUGCGGUUCACCUUCCCCAAUGCAGACCUACCCAGACCUUUCAGACACCACCCGUGCCAUACUGGUCGACUGGCUCAUCCAAGUCAAUGUGAGUUCCCCUCAUGUGUAGCUCUACUAUUUAUCUAAAAGGAUUCCCUGGUUAAAAUGUACUCAACCUGCUACUCCUCAAAUGUAGGAAAGGCGCACUUACUUGAAAACAGGUUGACCCUCCAUAAUGAAGCAGUUUUUAAGCAGGUGCCCUUCAGCUUACCUAAGACAAAAUGUAUGUGGUAAAAUUCAGGCCACUGUGUGCUCCCCAUCACCCCUUCCUUCUUCUUACAGGAGGUGUUCCAUUUCUCAGAGGAGACCCUCUACCUGUCUGUCCACCUCCUGAACCGCAGUCUACAUAAAAUCAAGCUGAACACUGCCAAACUGCAGCUGCUGGGAGUGGUCUGUCUCUUCCUGGCUGCCAAGAAAGAAGAGUCUUCUCCCUGAGGUAUUCUACAACAGAUACAUAUGGAGUUCUUUACCAACUUUUUCCCUCACUGAAGCCAUUAUGCGUAGCUUGCUGUAGCAUAAUCAAGUAAGCGUUGCAUAUACAAUGCAUUCUGAAAGUAUUCAGACCCCUUAACUUUUAACACAUUUUGUUACGUUACAGCCUUAUUCUAAAAUCGAUUAAAUAAAACAUUUUCCUCAUCAAUCUACACAUAAUACCCCAUAAUGACAAAGCGAAAAACGGGUUUAGACAUUUUCGCAAAUGUAUAGAAAAAAAAAAGAUGCCGUAUUUACAUAAGUAUUCAGACCUUUUGCUAUGAGACUUGAAAUUGAGCUCAGGUGCAUCCUGUUACCAUUGAUCAUCCUUGAUGUUUCUACAAUUCGAUUGGAGUCCACCUGUGGUCAAUUAAUUGAUUGGACAUGAUUUGGAAAGGCACACAACUGUCUAAGGUCUCGCAGUUGACAGUGCACGUCAGAGCAAAAACCAAGCCAUGAGGUCGAAGGAAUUGUCCGUAGACCUCAGAGGAAGGAUUGUGUCGAGGCACAGAUCUGGGGAAGGGUACCAAAAAUAUUUCUGCAGCAUUGAAGGUCCCCAAGAACACAGUGGCCUCCAUCAUUCUUAAAUGGAAUCAGUUUGGAACCACCAAGACUCUUUCUAGAGCUGGCCGCCCGGCCAAACUGCGCAAUCGGGGGAAGGUCCUUGAUCAGGUAGGUGACCAAGAACCCAAUGGUCCCUCUGACAGAGCGCCAGAGUUCCUCUGUGGAGAUGGGAGAACCUUCCAGAAGGACAACCAUCUCUGCAGCACUCAGGCCUUUAUGGUAGAGUGGCCAGAUGGAAGCCACUCCUCAGUAAAAGGCACAUGACAGCCUGCUUGGAGUUUGCCAAAAGGCACCUAAAGGACUCUCAGACCCUGAGAAACAAGAUUAUCUGGUCUGAUGAAACCAAGAUUGAACUCUUUGGCCUGAAUGCCAAGCGUCAUGUCUGGAGGAAACCUGGCACCAUCCCUAUGGUGGUGGCAGCAUCAUGCUGUCGGGAUGUUUUUCAGGGGCAGGGACACUAGUCAAAAUCAAGGGAAAGAUGAACGGAGCAAAGUACAGAGAUCCUUGAUGAAAACCUGCUCCAGAGCCUCAUACUGGGUUCACCUUCCAACAGGACAACGACCCUCAGCCAAGACAACGCAGGAGUGGCUACGGGACAAGUCUCUGAAUGUCCUUGAGUGGCCCAGCCAGAGCCCGGACUUCAACCCGAUCAAACAUCUCUGGAGAGACCUGAAAAUAGCUGUGCAGCGACGCUCCCCAUCCAACCUGACAGAACUUGAGAGGAUCUGCAGAGAAGAAUGGGAGAAACUCCCCAAAUACAGGUGUGCCAUGCUUGUAGCGUCAUACCCAAGGACUCUAAACUAUAAUCACUGCCUAUGGUGCUUCAACAAAGUACUGAGUAAAGGGUCUGAAUACUUACAGUAUCAGUCAAAAGUUUAGACACACCUACUCAUUCAAGUGUUUUUCUUUAUUUUUACUAUUUUCUACAUUGUAGAAUAAUAGUGAAGACAACUAUGAAAUAACACAUGGAAUCAUGUAGUAACCAAAAGUGUUAAACAAAUCAAAAUAUAUAUUUUAGAUUCUUCAAAGUAACCACCCUUUGCCAGCUUUGCACACUCUUGGCAUUCUCUCAACCAGCUUCAUGAGGUAGUCACCUGGAAUGCUUUUCCAACAGUCUUGAAUGAGUUCCCACAUUCUGAUCACUUGUUGGCUGCUUUUCCUUCACUCUGCGGUCCGACUCAUCCCAAACCAGCUCAAUUGGGUUGAGGUCGGGUGAUUGUGGAGGCCAGGUCAUCUGAUGCAGCACUCAUCACUCUCCUUCUUGGUAAAAUAGCCCUUACACAGCCUGGAGGUGUGUUGGGUCAUUGUCCUGCCUGUUGAAAAACAGAUGAUAGUCCCACUGAGUGCAAACCAGAUGGGACGGCGUAUCGCUGCAGAAUCACAGCUCAUCCAUGCUUCACGGUGGGAACCACACAUGCGGAGAUCAUCCGUUCACCUACUCUGCGUCUCACAAAGCACAGCGAUUGGAACCAAAAAUAUCAAAUUUGGACUCCACAGGACAGAUUUCCACCGGUCUAAUGUCCAUUGCUCGUUUCUUAGCACAAGCAAGUCUCUUCUUAUUGGUGUCCUUUAGUGGUUUCUUUGCAGCAAUUUGACCAUUUUACAUUUUACUCAUUUAGCAGACGCUCUUAUCCAGAGCGACUUAGUUAGUGAGUGCAUACAUUUUCAUACUGGCCCCCCGUGGGAAACGAACCCACAACCCUGACAUUGCAAGCGCCAUGCUCUACCAACUGAGCUACACGGGGCCAUGAAGGCCUGAUUCACGCAGUGUCUGAACAGUUGAUGUUGAGAUGUCUGUUACUUGAACUCUGUGAAGCAUUUAUUUGGGCUGCAAUCUGAGGUGCAGAUAAUUGCUGAUUUCUGAGGUUGGUAACUCUAAUGCACUCAUCCUCUGCAGCAGAGGUAACUCGGUCUUCCUUUCCUGUGGCGGUCCUCAUGAGAGUCAGUUUCAUCAUAGCGCUUGAUGGUUUUUGUGACUGCUCUUGAAGAAACUAUCAAAGUUCUUGAAAUUUUCCGGAUUGACUGACCUUCCUUUCUUUAAAAUAAUGAUGGACUGUCGUUUCUCUUUGCUUAUUUGAGCUGUUCUUGCCAUAAUAUGGACUUGGUCUUUUACCAAAUAGGGCUGUCUUCUGUAUACCACCCCUACCUUGUCACAACACAACUGAUUGGCUCAAACGUGUUAAUUUGUAGAAUUUCUUUCCUUAACUUUUAAGAAGGCACACCUGUUAAUUGAAAUGCAUUCCAGGUGACUACCUCAUGAAGCUGGUUGAGAGAAUGCCAAGAGUGUGCAAAGCUUUGAGUUGAGAGCUUCAAGUUCCUUGGUGUCCACAUCACCAACGAACUAUCAUGGUCCAAACACACCAAGACAGUCGUGAAGAGGGCACGACAAAGCCUAUUCCCCCUCAGGAGACUAAAAAGAUUUGGCAUGGGUCCUCAGAUCCUCAAAAAAUUCUACAGCUGCACCAUCGAGAGCAUCCUGACUGGUUGCAUCACCGCCUGGUAUGGCAACUGCUUGGCCUCUGACCGCAAGGCACUACAGAGGGUAGUGCGUACGGCCCAGUACAUCACAGGGGCAAAGCUCCCUGCCAUCCAGGACCUCUAUACCAGGCGGUGUCAGAGGAAGGCCCUCAAAAUUGUCAAAGACUCCAGUCACCCUAGUCAUAGACUGUUCUCUCUGCUACCGCACGGCAAGCGGUACCGGAGUGCCAAGUCUAGGUCCAAAAGACUUCUCAACAGCUUCUACCCCCAAGCCAUAAGACUCCUGAACAGCUAAUCAUGGCUACCCGGACUAUUUGCACUGCCCCCCCACCCCAUACUUUUUACGCUGCUGCUACUCUGUUAAGUAUUUAUGCAUAGUCACUUUAACUCUACCCACAUGUACAUAUUACCUCAACUACCUCAACUAGCCGGUGCCCCCGCACAUUGACUAUGCAACGGUACCCCCCUGUAUAUAUAGCCUCCCUACUGUCACUUUAUUCUAUUGUAUAUAUAGCCUCCCUACUGUCACUUUAUUUUUACUUCUGCUCUUUUUUUCUCAACACUUUUUUGUUGUUGUUUUAUUCUUACUUUUUUGUUUAAAAUAAAUGCACUGUUGGUUAAGGGCUGUAAGUAAGCAUUUCACUGUAAUGUCUGCACCUGUUGUAUUCGGCGCAUGUGACCAAUAAAAUUUGAUUGGAUUUGAUUUGAAGCUGUCAUCAAAGCAAAUGGUGGCUACUUUGAAGAAUCUCAAAUAUAAAAUAUAUAUUUUUGAUUUUGUUUAACUCUUUGGUUACUACAUGAUUCCAUAUGUGUUAUUUCAUAGUUUUGGUGUCUUCACUAUUAUUCUACAAUGUAGAAAAUAAAGAGAACCCUUGGAAUGAGUAGGUGUGUCCCAACUUUUGACUGGUACUGUAUGUAAAUGUGAUAUUUCCCUUUUUUUUUUUAUAUAUACGUUUGCAAACCAUUUCUAAACCUGUUUUUGCUUUGUCAUUAUGGGGUAGUGUGUGUAGAUUGAUUUUUUUUUUUUUUUUUUUUUUUUUUUUUUGGGGGGGGGGGGGGGGACGACGACGACAAUUUAAUCAAAUUUAGAAUAAGGCUGUAACACAACAAAGUCAAGGGGUCUGAAUACUUUCCGAAUGCACUGUAUGUCGGGUUCUUCCAGACCUGCAAAUGCCGACUGUGGGAGCUACAGGAAAAGGGGAUUGGGCAGGGUUGUUUUUGGACCAGGCCUUUCUCUAGUAUUCUCCAACCCCCUCCCUCUCUCCUCCAGGUGUCUGAGCUGUGCUUCCUCAUGGAGAACAGCUACUCCAAGAGACAGCUGCUCCGUAUGGAGCGCUGAGUCCUCACUGAGCUGAAGUUUGAGAUUUCCCACUGCUCUCCGCUGCAUUUCCUGCUCCUCUCUGCCUCAAUCGCCCACUGCAGCGCCAAGGUGGGUGAACCCGCAACACUUUAACCCAGAGCAGAGUUCGGCCAGGUUUUAGAACGGACACCAUGUUUGCUCCUUUACACUCUAAAUGUUGGUGAUGUAACACGAGAGCGCCUCUGACAGUUCCCUAUGAAAUGACCCACUGUAAACAAGCAACACAGAGCAGUGAAUUUAAGAUGUUUUUAUUGAUUAGCAUUCAGGAUAAUGUGGUUCUGUGUUGUAGUGUCAAAUUGUUUCUGCCUUCACUGGAGAUCUUCAUAGGGAUUGAAAACGUUCAGAAAUAAAAAGCACAACGCGGCAGGGUCAAUUAUCACUUAGCAAGUGCUAUGGAGGACAAAGUGGCACCCUUGGAAGGUUUAGACAGAAACCGCAUUGGCCAAAUGAUUGCUUUAACCUAUUUGCUAGUCAAACUGCUCAGAUUAUCAGAUCCACAUGAACAUGUUAGUCUUCUGAGAUGUGCCGCACGACCGCAUUAAAGACAACCUGGACCAUCCCCCUUGUUUCUACGUCCAGGUGGUGUGGAUGUCUCGUUACCUGCUGGAGCUCUCUCUGCUGGAGGGACAGUGUGUGCUGUUCCUGGCUGCCCACCUGGCUGGUGCUGCCCUCUGUCUGGCUCGUAGGGUACUGCAGGAGCCCCCCACCCCAGAGGGAGAGUGCCUGGUGUGUUGCCGCCAAUAUCCACAUAGGCAGGUGAGGAGAGGCUCUUUCUCAAUUGUCAAAAUUAUUUUAUCCUUGUCUCCACACUGAUUUUAAAAUACACUUGACAGAUGAUUCCCUAUCAGACUUUGAAGUGUAAUGUACUUCUUCUCUGUUGUAUUUUGACCCCACCUCUUUCUCCUGUCUGCCUCUUUCAGUGAGACGACCCUGCUGAGGAUAAUGUAAAUCCAGGCAGGGGCUGCAGCCCGGGCCCAGAGCAGAGAGACCCGUGCUACUUUCCUCAAGUACUUCACAGCAGGGACCAUGCACGUCAGCAGCCACCCGACCCUGCUGAGUGCCCCCUGUCUGCUGGGCCUGCCCACUGCACACACC